AUUUGGAUGAAAGGUUUGCGGCGUUAUCACAUACCACUUCAAAAGUUAGGAGAUGCAUAUUAUUUUCCUGUGGCUCAGUUCAUUAUCAAAGAGACUUUACAGAGACUCCUUUAUUUAAACAUUGGAAUAGCAGGCUCCAGUGUCAUGCGGCUGCGUCUCCUUUCCCUCCUUUUUAUCAUCAAAGUGUGUCGACUCAAUAUUGUAAGGCGAGACUUCUGCCCACCCCUGCCUCAGUGGAAGCUCACCAAGCCCCUGAACAAGUGGGAUAAUUAUCAAGAAAACUACUUUGUACACUACCAGUGUGUGGAUGGCUAUGUGAGGAUGGCGGGGACCUCCAGUCGCAUCAGGUGCAAACGAAUUGAUCAGGUUCUUCAGUGGGAAGGCCCAACACUGAUAUGCAUACCCUACCCAUCUAUUCCAACUACGAUAGAACCUUCAACAACUCACAAGAGAACUCCAUCUCCCACAGUGCACCUCUCAGUGCCCACAGAGAGAAUUAGCCCAAGACCAACCACUCCCAGUUCACUUUUAUCUCCAAUACUGCAGAACCAAGAGGUCAUUACUACUGUUACAGUGACAACCACCAUCAUCGAUGACCUUACAUCAGUGCCAGUGGAUAAGUCCAGUGCGGUGACUUCUGUCUUCAGAACCCCAGCCUCCAAUGAGGAUCCAGUUGGCGGUGGAAGCACUGAGAAGAGUUCUGCUACAGCCAUAUAUGCGGGUGUAGGUGGGGUGAUAGUAACUGCAUUGCUGGUUGCAGCGUUUGGAGUGCUAAUGUUUGGGAGAAGGAAAUGGAUGCAGCGGCUUGAUCUGUCGCCAACACCAGACGAAAUAGUGCAAAUUAAUGUUGUGACAUGAGCCACACUCCUUAGUGCCCUGACUGACAACCAGCAGCCGCUUAGAAAAGGCAAAAUUGCAUCAGUCUGAUGGUGGGGGAACAAUGACCUUGGAUUGGACAAGAGGUGGACCAAAAAUGUGUGGCCCAGACCUCGUUGUCCUCGUGUGGAAAAUGAAAAUACCUAAAGCACCACCCAAAUGGAUUAAUUUAAGACAUAUUGAUUUAUUUAAUUUAUUAAUUAAUAUCCAUAAACUUUUUUGAGGAUAGAUUCUAAAUUAAUAUGGAAGCAUAUUGGUUAUAUUAAAAAACAAUUAACUACAGUGCAUUCGGAAAGUAUGCAGACCCCUUGACUUUUUCCACAUUUUGUUACAGCCUUAUUCUAAAAAUGUAUUUAAAG